AUGCUUUCUCUUUUUGUCACAGCGGAAAAGACAGUUUGCGAACAUAGGCAAAUGACAAUUGACUGCAGAGGGUUAGACAUCAAUAUAUUGAGCGCAUCCUAUGGCCGCACCCAACGAGGUGUCUGUGAUCGAGGGGGAAGCACAAACUGCCAUGCUGGUAGCUCCAUGAGCGUCGCUAGAUACGAAUGUCAAGGACAGACGAGAUGUACUCUGUACGCGAAGAACCAAGCGUUUGGUGACCCCUGUGUUGGAACCUUCAAACAUCUAAAGGUGAGUUCACCUUAAGGAAGGACAACUUAAGACUCCAGUUCUUAUGUUGCAAGUAAUAGCCAAUAUAAUUUUCACAAGUGAAAUUCAAACGAUAUGAAUCACUUCAAUACUUGCUUCCAGAGAUUAAUGUUAUUUCCUUUUUGCGACUGUGAAACUGUUUAGUUCAUGGUACUUUGAUACAAGUGACCUAAUUAGCCUGAUCACUGAUUGGUUACCAGCCAGCCAAUCGCGACUCAACCACGGGCAGUUUCCGAAUAAUCGUUUCAGGACAUUGAUCUUUAUCCAGAUCUUUUACUAAAAUCAAACUCGUUCUAUUCUGGUAAAAUUUGUAAAAAUAACAUGUUCCUAUUUCAACACAUAGGUGAAGUACGAAUGUGUGGAAAAAACUGUUCUCGUUCGCAUCUGCGAAGGAAGGUCACAGCUGAUUUCGUGCCCCGCUCAGAAGAAAAUCGACAUCACGUCGGCGAACUACGGUCGUUUAACUGGUCCGCAUCUUUGUCCGGGACCAGUUAAAACCGAAAACUGUGGAGCCGCAGGGUCGAUUGAUAUAGUGAGGAGCAAGUGCCAGGGAAAGCAAAGCUGCUUUUUGCAGGCAACAAACGGCCAGUUUGGCGAUCCUUGCGUUGGGACAAAGAAGUAUUUGGAGGUGAUUAUAGUUCAGAUCUUUUACCAAAAUCAAACUCGUUCUGUUUCGGUAAAAUUUGUAAAAAUAACAUGUUCCUAUUUCAAUACACAGGUGAAGUACGAAUGUGUGGAAAAAACUGUUCUCGUGCACAUCUGCGAAGGAAGGUCACAGCGGAUUUCGUGCCCCGCUUCGGAGAAAAUCGAUAUCACGUCGGCGAACUACGGUCGUUUAACUGGUCGGCAUCUCUGUCCAGGACCAGUUAAAACCACAAACUGUAGAGCCGCAGGGUCGAUUGAUAUAGUGAGGAACAAGUGCCAGGGAAAGCAAAGCUGCUUUUUGCAGGCAACAAAUGGCCAGUUUGGCGAUCCUUGCGUUGGGACAAAGAAGUAUUUGGAGGUGAUUAUGGGUCAGAUCUUUUACAAAAAUCAAACUCGUUCUGUUUCGGUGAAAUUUGUAGAUUUAACAUGCUCCUAUUUCAAUACACAGGUGAAGUACGAAUGUGUAGAAAAAACUGUUCUCGUUCGUAUCUGCGAAGGAAGGUCACAGCAGAUUUCGUGCCCCGCUUCGAAGAAAAUCGAUAUCACGUCGGCGAACUACGGUCGUUUAACUGGUCCGCCUCUCUGUCCGGGACCAGUUAAAACCACAAACUGUAGAGCCGCAGGGUCGAUUAACAUAGUGAGGAACAAGUGCCAGGGAAAGCAAAGCUGCUUUUUGCAGGCAACAAACGGCCAGUUUGGCGAUCCUUGCGUUGGGACAAAGAAGUAUUUGGAGGUGAUUAUGGGUCAGAUCUUUUACCAAAAUCAAACUUGUUCUGUUUCGGUAAAAUUUGUAAAAAUAACAUGUUUCUAUUUCAAUACAUAGGUGAAGUACGAAUGUGUGGAAAAAAACUGUUCUCGCGCACAUCUGCGAAGGAAGGUCACAGCAGAUUUCGUGCCCUGCUCCGAAGGAAAUCGAUAUCAUGUCGGCGAACUACGGUCGUUUAACUGGUCGGCAUCUUUGUCCGGGACCAGUUAAAACCACAAACUGUAGAGCCGCAGGGUCGAUUGAUAUAGUGAGGAACAAGUGCCAGGGAAAGCAAAGCUGCUUUUUGCAGGCAACAAACGGCCAGUUUGGCGAUCCUUGCGUUGGGACAAGGAAGUAUUUGGAGGUGAUUAUGGUUUAGAUCUUUUACCAAAAUCAAACUCGUUGUUUCGGUAAAAUUUGUAAAAAUAACAUGUCCCUAUUUCAAUACAUAGGUGAAGUACGAAUGUGUGGAAAAAACUGUACUCGUGCACAUCUGCGAAGGAAGGUCACAGCAUAUUUCGUGCCCCGCUCCGAAGAAAAUUGAUAUCAGGUCGGCGAACUACGGUCGUUUAACUGGUCCGCCUCUCUGUCCGGGACCAGUUAAAACCACAAACUGUGGAGCCGCGGGGUCGAUUGAUAUAGUGAAGAGCAAGUGCCAGGGAAAGCAAAGCUGCUUUUUGCAGGCAACAAAUGGCCAGUUUGGCGAUCCUUGCGUUGGGACAAGGAAGUAUUUGGAGGUGAUU